UAUUCAUCCUGACAGCUCAGACACAAUCAACUGGACGAUGGCCGUUGAUCAACGCUUCAUAAUCAGUGCCCGCAUUAUCGGAGCCGUCCACAGGGACACACCAAAACUGAAGAUGUUCAUGAUAUCUGUGUUGUGGUCUGACGAGACUGAAGUUAUUGUCUACAGGUCCUUCAAGGAUUUCAAGAAAUUUCAUAGGCAGCUGAAAAAGAGGUUCCCUCACCUGAACCCUUUCAGGAAAAACGACAGAGUGAUUCCAAAAUUUACAGGGCAGGUCAGGAGGAACAGUCUCCAGAAGAAAGGAUCCAAGCGAUCUGUCCAACGGAUGAAGUUCCUGGAGAGCUACUGUGACAAGCUGUUGAAGUGCGACCAAACUGUGACUCAGAGCUCAGAGGUGGCUCAGUUCUUUAUGCCCAAAGACCAUGACCUGCAGCCAGACUUCACCAAGAACAGCAUCAUGAUCCUGCUGCCUGAUGGCUCAGGUGGAGGAGGGGGUGAUGUGACUCGCCAGCAUGCAGGCAGCAUCACUCACCCGUUUGUCACCCAGACUUACCGCUGCGUGGCCGCUUACGAGACAAAGGAUACCAAGAACCGUCCGUUUAAGGUCGCUGUGGACGAGAAGCUGGAUGUCCUGAUCAAAGACCCUGCAGGUUGGUGGCUGGUGGAGAAUGAAGAUAAGCUUUUGGCUUGGUUUCCGGCUCCCUACCUGGAGUUAUGUGAAGGAGAGGAUGAUGAUGAUAAUGCUGGUUUCCAGCUAGCAGGUGCCCUGUACUGUGCCGUGAGGAGUUACUCUACUAAGAAGGAUGACGAGGUGUCUGUGUCCAUUGGCUCUGUGGUGGAGGUGCUGAGGAAGUCUGACAACGGCUGGUGGCUCAUCAGGUUCAAUGGAAAGGCAGGUUACAUCCCCUCCAUGAACCUGCAACCAUACAACAACCCACGGGCAGGCCUUUACAGCCUGCAGAAAAAGCUGCACAGCUCCACUCUGAACCUGGCAACCAGCAGGGAACCUCAGGCUCCUCGUCCAUCCGGCAUCAACGAAGAAAAUAGUCCACAACGGGAUUCUGCAGGUCAGUCCAGAGGAGAGCCCAGUCUGCCAGGGCGUCUCCACAAGCGAAUCAUCAAGUCCAACAGUCAGUCCUUCAGCCUCACCUCAUUUGGUGUCAGUGACAGUGGGAUCAGCAUUCCUGAUCUCAGCCUCUACGACCACCGAGGCUCCAACACUAGCUCUGACAGCUCUGGAUCUUUAAGCUCCAAAGGAGGUGAGACGGCUUCAGUGGCUCCCAGGAUGCCACCCAGACCAAAAACAGAGGAGAUCCUGACCCGCUGUACCACCAUGACCCGCAAGGCAGCCCUGGCUACGAAGACCCGGCUUCAGAUUCAGCCAGAGUACAUCCACAGCCGCUAG